AUGAAUAUGAAACUUCUAGUGUUUCUCUCUUUGGUUUCUAUUACUUCUGGGUAUGAACUUCGAAAAGAGAGAGAAUUAUAUUCUAAAGUCAUCGACUCAGCUCGACAUUUGAAGAGGGUUCUUUCUAUGACACAACCAGUUGGUAAGUUUCAAUAACAGCUUUCAAGCCAAAAAAAAAAAACUGUUUUCUCUAGUAGAUUAUCUUCCAAGUCAAUCUAUAUUCACGGAAAAAGUGGAAAGAAAUUUAGUCGCCUUUGCACCUGUUUUGUUCUCUGAUAUUUCAAAAACAUUGGAUUUUAUCCGUAAGAAUAUCGAUCAAAUUAAAUUCGGAGUGCCAAUCCUAUCAGAAAUUGAUGGAUCUACUGAGAACCCAGAAGAGAGCACACCUACUUAUCCGGAUGAAGGAACUACCUAUCCAGAAGAGAGCACAACGUAUCCAGAAGAAGGAACCACAUAUCCAGAAGGAACUACAUAUCCAGAAGAGAGCACAAGAUAUCCGGAAGAAGGAACUCCAAAUCCAGAAGGAACUACAUUUCCAGAAGAAGUAACUUUUAACCCAGAAGAAACUACAUAUCCAGAGGAAGAGAGCACCCAAAAUCCAGAAGGCAGCACAGAAUAUCCACAACCACAAGAAGUAACCGACUCGACACCUUAUAUUCCGGAUGUUACUCAAGGUGUACCAAUCACUACUGAACAACCCACUCCAGAUUACACUGAUGCCGAAAUCUCAACCUUUGAACCCAAUUUCACUGUUGAACAAGGCCCAACUACAGAUUUUGCUGAUUAUCCAACAGACGGACCACAAACUGUGGAUCCACAAUCUCCAACAUCAGACCCAAAGGCUACAGAUUAUCCUGAUACAACUACUUUGCCAAGAGAUGUCGAUUAUAGUGAUAGUCUUCUUAUUAGGAGACUUCGCAGAGCUGCAAAACUUAUCGAUGUCAACACCCAAAUCUUGAACAUUUUGCGCAAUAUCCAUUAA